UGCGCGCGCGAAAUGAAAGCCCUUCUUGCAACCUGACCUUCUUUUGGACUACAGCCCGAAGAGCUUCAAACGUUGCUGCUCGCCAUGGGUUUGCCUGCAUGCUAAGGAAGGAGGGGCUCUUGCGUGUGUUUGGGUUAUUUCGCUAGGCUGCUCCAAGUGCUCUAUCUAUUUUGACGACGUUUGGAUAUUUUUUCUUUUGAAGACGGCUUGGGCGCAGGUGACACACCCUCCUUGCCCGCCCCCCCCCCCCUCCUGGCCACUCGGCUUCUCUGCACAAGGGCAGGGAAAAAACUAUAUAUACAUCUAGCCAGGUUCUUUUCGGUAGCUACAGCUUGUCGGGCAGAAGCAAAUGAGGGGGCAUCUUGUCAAGCGAGAGAAAGGGGAAGCUGCUUUAUCUUUGCGGCAAAGUGAAACCGAUAAGCUGCAAAACUGAAUCCCUGGGAUCGACUAGAGCAGACCAAGCCGGGGGAGGGAGGGGAGGACUUUCCUCUUCUUUUUUCCCCCGUUCUAAAAAGAGAAAAUAAAAGAUCAUUGGGGGAAAACUUGGUCGAUCGUUUCAAAGAUGUCAUCUCAAACUAAAUUCAAGAAAGACAAAGAAAUCAUAGCAGAGUACGAAACUCAAGUCAAAGAAAUUCGUACACAGUUGGUAGAGCAGUUCAAAUGCCUGGAACAGCAGUCUGAGUCCCGGUUGCAGCUCCUGCAAGACCUCCAAGAGUUCUUCCGCAGAAAGGCCGAGAUUGAAUUGGAGUACUCUAGGAACCUGGAAAAACUAGCAGAAAGAUUUUCUUCCAAGAUUCGCAGCUCUAGGGAACACCACCAGUUCAAGAAGGAUCAGCACCUUCUUUCUCCUGUAAACUGCUGGUAUCUGGUAUUGACUCAGACUCGGCGAGAGAGCAGAGACCAUGCAACCCUGAACGACAUUUUCAUGAACAAUGUCAUUGUCCGACUUUCCCAAAUCAGUGAAGAUGUCAUCAGACUGUUUAAAAAGAGUAAAGAAAUUGGUCUGCAGAUGCAUGAAGAACUCCUGAAGGUCACUAAUGAGCUUUACACUGUGAUGAAAACAUACCACAUGUACCAUGCUGAGAGCAUCAGUGCUGAGAGCAAACUGAAGGAAGCAGAAAAGCAAGAAGAGAAGCAGUUCAACAAAGCAGGGGACAUUAGUGUGAACUUGUUGCGGCAUGAAGAUCGGCCUCAGCGCCGCAGUUCUGUCAAGAAGAUUGAAAAAAUGAAGGAAAAGAGGCAAGCCAAAUACUCCGAAAAUAAGCUGAAGUGCACUAAAGCCAGAAACGACUAUUUGCUGAACCUGGCAGCCACAAAUGCAGCAGUUAGUAAAUAUUACAUCCAUGAUGUCUCAGACCUGAUUGAUUGUUGUGAUCUGGGAUUCCAUGCAAGCCUAGCACGGACAUUCAGAACAUACCUAUCUGCUGAAUAUAAUCUUGAGACCUCACGUCAUGAAGGCCUGGACAUAAUUGAGAACGCCGUAGACAAUCUGGAUGCACGGAGUGACAAACACACAGUCAUGGAUAUGUGCAACCAAGUCUUCUGCCCUCCUCUGAAGUUUGAGUACCAGCCACACAUGGGAGAUGAGGUAUGUCAGGUGAGCGCCCAGCAGCCGGUUCAGACAGAGUUGCUCAUGCGAUAUCAUCAACUGCAGUCUAGACUUGCCACACUCAAAAUAGAGAAUGAAGAGGUGCGCAAAACGCUGGAUGCCACUAUGCAGACAUUACAAGACAUGCUGACUGUGGAAGAUUUUGACGUCUCAGAUGCCUUCCAGCAUAGUCGCUCCACCGAGUCGAUCAAAUCAGCUGCUUCAGAGACUUACAUGAGCAAAAUAAAUAUUGCCAAGAGGAGGGCCAACCAGCAGGAGACGGAAAUGUUCUAUUUUACUAAAUUCAAAGAGUAUUUGAAUGGCAGUAACCUUAUUACCAAGCUGCAAGCAAAACAUGACUUAUUGAAGCAGACUCUGGGAGAAGGUGAAAGAGCUGAAUGUGGGACAACCAGGCCCCCCUGUCUUCCCCCUAAGCCACAGAAAAUGAGGAGACCUAGGCCUCUCUCAGUCUAUAAUCAUAAACUCUUUAACGGCAAUAUGGAAACGUUCAUUAAGGAUUCAGGACAGGCUAUCCCACUUGUGGUUGAAAGCUGUAUUCGCUACAUCAAUUUAUAUGGUCUACAACAACAGGGUAUAUUUAGAGUUCCUGGAUCUCAGGUUGAAGUCAAUGAUAUCAAGAAUUCAUUUGAGAGAGGUGAAGACCCCCUUGCUGAUGAUCAAAAUGAACGUGACAUUAAUUCUGUUGCUGGGGUGUUAAAGCUGUAUUUCCGGGGUUUGGAAAAUCCACUCUUUCCUAAGGAAAGGUUUCAAGACUUGAUUUCUACUAUCAAAAUUGAAAAUCUUUCAGAAAGAGUGCAUCAGAUCCAGCAAAUCAUUAUUACAUUGCCGCGGGCUGUCAUCAUUGUCAUGAGAUACCUCUUUGCUUUCCUCAACCACUUGUCGCAAUACAGUGAUGAGAACAUGAUGGAUCCCUACAACUUGGCCAUCUGCUUUGGACCAACUUUAAUGCACAUUCCAGAUGGACAGGAUCCAGUGUCCUGCCAGGCUCAUGUCAAUGAGGUCAUCAAAACCAUCAUAAUCAAUCAUGAGGCCAUUUUCCCCAGCCUCAGGGAGCUAGAAGGACCUGUCUAUGAGAAAUGCAUGACUGGUGGGGAAGAGUACUGUGACAGCCCACACAGUGAGCCAGGUGCCAUUGAUGAAGCAGACCAUGACAACGGCACGGAGCCACACACUAGUGAUGAUGAAGUGGAGCAGAUCGAAGCAAUUGCAAAGUUUGACUACAUUGGGCGGUCUCCACGUGAGUUGUCCUUCAAGAAAGGAGCCUCACUCCUCUUGUACCACCGGGCCUCUGAAGACUGGUGGGAAGGUCGUCAUAAUGGUGUGGAUGGUCUCAUACCCCAUCAGUAUAUAGUGGUACAAGACAUGGACGAUGCAUUCUCUGACAACCUGAGUCAGAAGGCAGACAGCGAGGCGAGCAGUGGACCCCUGUUGGAUGAUAAAGCCUCAUCAAAGAAUGACAUCCAGUCUCCAACGGAUCACAUUCCAGACUAUGGAUUUGGGGGAGUAAUGGGACGGGUGCGACUGAGAUCUGAUGGAGCUGCAAUCCCUCGCCGACGGAGUGGAGGUGACACACACAGCCCCCCAAGAGGGAUUGGCCCUGGAAUAGACACCCCUCCUCGAGCAGCUGCUUGCCCUAGCAGCCCUCAUAUUUUACCACUGAACAGAGGCAGGAUCGAGAGCCCAGAAAAGCGCAGGAUGGCAACUUUUGGUAGUGCCGGCAGCAUAAAUUACCCAGACAGGAAAGCUAUGACUGAUGGCCACCCACUGAGGCCUGCUUGCAGCUCAACUCGGCACAGCAGUCUUGGGGAUCAGAAAUCACUUGAAGCAGAAGCACUGGCAGAGGACAUUGAGAAGACUAUGAGUACAGCGCUGAAUGAGCUGCGUGAGCUUGAAAGGCAAAAUACUGUGAAGCAAGCCCCUGAUGUUGUCCUGGACACUCUUGAACCGAUGAAGAACCCACAGAUUGGUUCUGUCAACUCUGAACCUGCCAGUCCCCUUCAUACCAUCAUGAUCAGGGAUCCAGAUGCUGCCAUGAGGCGUAGCAGCAGCUCUACCACUGAAAUGAUGACUACUUUUAAGCCUGCCCUCUCUGCCCGACUUGCAGGAGCUCAGCUUAGACCACCACCCAUGAGACCCAUCAGGCCUGUUGUUCAACAUCGAUCAAGUAGCAGUAGCAGCUCAGGAAUGGGUAGUCCUGCAGUGACACCCACAGAGAAGAUCUUCCCUAACAGCUCCUCAGAUAAAUCUGGCACAAUGUAGCUAACACCAUCCCAAGGGAAACUUGGCUAGGAAAAUGGCUGACCGUCCUGGCUUUCAUUUUUGGGGUUGGGAGCCAAGACUGUACACAUGAUGUCAUUAAAGAAAAAGGAAAAGAAACUCCCUUUGUGGAAAGAAUGGCACUGGGAACUGUCACUGAGGCAAAAGAUAUUGUAAUAGUUACACAUUCAUCAAGUUUGCUGGAAAGCUGUACAGCCAAAUAAGAUGGCCAUUUUAUGUAUUACUACUGGAAACAUAACAAGUCUGUGUAGAAGUAUAUAUGGAACUGUACAUAGCCCAGUAACAUUUUAGUAGAUUUACCUCAGAAACUCGUCCUUAGACUUCUGUUAGAGAAAGUUGUUGUGUGUGUGUGUGCGUGUGUGGGUUAUACAGCAACUGUGCAUUAAGCAAUAGAAGAUUGGUCAGUCCUGGAAUUAUUAUAUAUUUCAUACUAGUUCGGCUUUAGAAUCACUAACAAGAGAUAAUACAAGGGUUUGGCUCAACUGCUGCCCUGCAAAUGCUAAUGUGCAUCUGAUGAUCAAGUCUGUCCUGGUAGAUGGAUGGAUUUUUAUCUUCAAAUUCAUCUCUUAAGACUGCUUCAUUGAAACCUGGAAACUUGUUGUCAUUUCCUGGUUGGAAGAAUUAUAGCGCCUGUGGACACACAGAAAUGAAAAGUAGUACAUCUUCCCUUUCAGGGAAGAGGAAACCUCAGAUUUUCUGUAUGUACUUCAUGUUGUAGUACAGUGUUAAUUAAGUGUGUACAAAAGAAACUCAAAACUCCAACUGUCUUGAAGAUUUCAAAACAGAAGAGGACUCUGAAGUAACCUGUGGUUGAUAACAAUAAAUAAAUAGGCUAACUUAUAUAGUGUUUGAAAUAUUUUAUUCCCUCCCUUUUUUGCUAAUGAUUCCUUUGGGGGUGGGAGAACUGGAUUAAAACAGGCAAGGAAGCUUUGGUAAAAUUGCAUUCCCUUUCGCAUUACGCAGCAGUACACGAGAGUCUUGAUUCAGACUGUGCCCCUUGCAUGAAUAGCAUGAGCCAUAUUUGACCAUGUCAGACACAUAAUGGAUCUGAUAGGGUAACAAUUUGCACUUUCUGUACUGUAUUAUGUAACAAUAUACAAGAAUUUGGGUUUAUGAAAAAUGAAUGUCCUUUUCCCCCUCCCUAAGCAUUUAAUAAUUAAAAUAUGCAGAGAAAGCUAGGGGAGUUGCAUGAUAGCCAGAACUUUUUUCCAUUCACAGAAUUCAAGACUCUUCUUGCUGCUAUUUUUAUUUUUGUCCUUUGUGGACAGGUUUUUGGAACAUCUGCCCUUUGACUGGUCUAGUGUUAUUACUUUAAAUACCACUGCAUAGUUUUAACGUAAAAUUUUGAAACAUCUCUUUCAAAAUGGACACUUAAAUAACUAGGGCAUUUCUUUUUCCUCUUGGUACUUCCUGGCAUUAUUUUGCAGUGACCAUCAUUUUUUUAAAAAGCCAGCCACUUUUUUCUUCCUUAGUGAGGUUAAUUUUAAUGAAAUUUGUUUUCUUUCAAUACUUCAUGAUGUAUGAAACCUUGACGUUUGUUUUUUGUUGCCUAACUUAUACCCUGCCAUGAAACAGAAAUACUACCAUUAUUAUACUUUAUUUUAAAAAAUACAAAACCCUCAUCUGUGUGCACAGAUCAUACCAGCCAUAUGGUGGUUGAAUAUAAGAUUUUUCAUGAUAAAAUUAAAAUGCACAAUCAUUGCAUUCUCCUUUUCUAUAUCUAGUAUGCAAGCAUGUUUCAUUCCACGUGCCCUCUUCUCUUAAUGGCCCUUGCCUGUUCUAGCCUGUUUAUAUAUUGCUGUACAUGCUUAAAUGCUGGAAAGUAACUGCUAAAAUGUAAUUUUUUUAAAGACUAAAUUUUAGUUGAGAUCCAACAACACUCAUCAAAUGUUUGCACUUAGUAGCUUGCUCAAUAUAACAAGAAAGAACAAAUGAACCUCUCCCUGCCCCGUCCAAAUCCUGACCUUCCCAUCUACAGCGAGAAGGGAUAAUAUUGUAUGUUAGAUAUUCUAUUAUUCUUCCUAAAAUAUGCUUAUUGCAAGGGGAAAUGGUGUUUACCUGUAUGUCCACUAAUGUUAUAGGCAUUUGUAAUUGCCACAAUUAAUUAAUAGUGGAUUUUUUUUUCAUUCACAAAAUGCUUUUAAUCUUCCCUUGCCCUGCUAUCCCACUACUUCUCAUGCCUUUCCUAACUUUAGAGUCACCUUGGGGAGUCAUUAUGAAAGCUGACAUUCAGUUUGUUGUUGUAAUGAACCUCCAAAUGUGGUUUUAGGGGUGUGGAGGGUAAAAAGAAAGCCAUUUGUCAAACUGUUGUAUCUUCAUUGCCAGUAAUUUCCCCACUGCUUAUUUUACAGAAAACAGUUGCUUUGGAAGUGCUUUUUAAAUGUCUUUGAAAAUUAUUUGAGAGCAAACCUAGGAUGACUUAAUUUGAGGAUUUAUUUUUGUUCUUAAGGAUAGGUUACAAUUCCAAUGCCUUUUCUAUUAAAUUAUUUUUGUUUUGUUUUUUGAUCUGUUAUUAGUACUAUCUUUUUAAUGUUUAAGUGCCUUUUGAGCACCAGAACAAAUGGUUGGAUUAAACAUGCUUGAGAGCUGUACGCAUCAAGAAACCUCUAUACAGUUCAUGUUAUGCUUGUGAGUGUAUUGCUUUAAAAAAUGUCCUUGCCUCCCUUUGUUACAUGAACAAGAAAUGUAUUUAAAUUUAACCCCUUCGAAGCAAACUUGUUGAGUGACGGGCUUUCUAAGUAUUGCAGGAACUCUUCUCCCUUAUUUGUUUGUAGCACAGAAUGGGAAAGCAUGCAAUGCACAUUAUAGAAACAUCAAAACAUUACCUAGAGAAUUUUGUACAUCCCUGUAGACUUCAGUUCUGUAGACUCCGGGCCCAAUCUACGAGCAGCUUUUUUCUUAUAAAAGCACAGUGUCAUGGUGGCUUUUGCAAGAAAAGUGCUGGGGAGGUUUGUAUCUGAAUUGUCACUGCUGGAUUGGCCUAGCUCAAAACUUUCAAGGGAUAAUUAAAAAUGCACAAAGGAGAAAGUUAUAGAUGAAUGUGUUAAUUCCCUUGUGUCUCACUCAUCAUGCCAAAUUCAUGCUGUCCAUGAUGAUCAUUGAUGACAAAAUCAAUCACAGGAACACCCAUGUUGGAUUAAUCUGAGAAUAAUUUUAGGGCAUAUAUAAUUCCCUAAUGUGAUUUCGACGUUAAAAGGGGGUUAGUGUAUCAUUUGUCACAUUCAGUUUGGUUGAAGAAAAUGCUAGGCAUCACCUUCUUAUUAACAAAUAAAAACAUUAAUAUGUAACAUUGGCAAUGAAAAAUGUUCCUUUUGUUUACUGGCCUACAGGGAAACCAUGGGUACCUACAUCUUAGUGCCAAAGUACUGGUAGGCACAAAAAGGAAGAAAAAUGCAUUUUCUGCAGUGCAGCACAAGGUAUGAGAUCUCCUUGACUGACUUCUGAUUCUCAGACCUUUGACUUUCCCCUGCAAAAUUAGAAUAUCCUUUUUUGACCAAAGUUCCUUUGGCUAACAUCCAGAAAUUGCUGACGGUAAAUGUAACCUCUUCUCUUUCCCUGUAACUUGGUGGAAGUGUUUUUUUAUUUUUUUGUUCAGCCAAGUGAUGCGUGUGAUGGUGCUAACUUAAAAGCAAUUGCUCCCACCCUUAUAAUUAUUGCUGUACAGAAACUGUCAUUAAGAAAACAAUGUAAAUGUUUAAGUCCCUUUAAUAAUAUGACCAUGCACUUUUCCUCUCUUAGACUAAACAAUACUGAAUAGGAUUUUUUUUUCUUUUUGUAAAGCCUGGACUAUAUCAUUUCCUAGCAAGGCCGCAGUUUUCAGAGUCUGGCAAUAGGCCUCCUGAAUCCAAUUUUUGCUUCUCGGUGGCUGCUUUUUGUUCUUGCCAGAAAACUUUAGGAAACUGCUGGUUGGCUGCCCUGUAUAAUUAUUGUUGUCCCACUUAUGAAUAUUGUCUCUGUAACGUAUGAUAAAAAAUGCCAUUCAGUUAGAGUGUCUGAUUGGAACUCAUGUUAUGUAUGCUGAUGAUGCCAUGUAGAUCAAGCUACUGGUUGGAUGUGGACUCAUCCUUGUUGAAUAAACAGUUUACCU